GUGAACUCGAACUCGGGUGGAUCUAUAAAACAGCUUUGCUAUUUACUGAUUCCAGUUAUCUUUGGUCAGACGGAAACGGAAGGUCAGUCUUCUCUUUAAAAACUUUUUGGUAGUGAGACAAGUCUUUGAAGUUGUCGAGACCGGUCGCAUUCAACGCAGAGCGGUUUUCUCUUUUGAUUUUUUUAAAAAGAGGUAAUGAUAAGAGCUGACUUACCUCUGGUUGCUGACAACGGAUUAUUUUCAACAGUUUAUAAUACGAAACGUUGUUAAGAUUCCCGUAUUCUUCACGGCGGCGCACCAUGGGCGACGGGGAUUUCUACACGUUGGGGAGCAGGCAAAGGGGACCUAGGGAUCCGUUCAGAGAGCAGUCUCUGGCGUCUCGCUUUAUGGAGGACGACUUUGGAAUUCCCUUCCCCGAAGACCUCUCAAUGGACUGGCCUGGCUGGGCACGGCCGCGACUGAGUACCCGACUCAACGCGCCCUGGACAGGUGGCCUUCGCACGGCGGGGUUCCCCCGCUCAUCUAUGGGGUCACCCACGGUGUACAGCUCACGGUACAGCGAGCCCCGCAGCUCGCCGACGCCGAACCCCGACGAGCCCUGGAAAGUGUGCGUGAAUGUGCAUAGCUUCAAACCCGAGGAGCUAAAUGUCAAAACUAAGGACGGUUUUGUAGAAGUAUCAGGGAAACAUGAAGAGAAACAAGAUGAGGGAGGCAUCGUGACUAAAAACUUCACAAAGAAAAUUCAGAUCCCAGCAGAUGUUGACCCUCUCACAGUGUUCGCCUCGCUCUCCCCCGAGGGGGUGCUCAUCAUCGAGGCGCGCCAGACGCCACCGUAUUACCUCUACAGCAGCGAGAUGCCCAGGGACGAGCCCAUGGCGGGGUCGGUGGCGGCGGCGGCGGCGAUGGCAGCUGAAGCAGAACCCAAACCCCAGGAGGCUAGCGUAGCGUAACUCGCCAAACAUCACCGUGCCCCCGUGCAGUAUUAAAGGCCAUCCAGCUAAUCCAAUAGAUGUUUUUCCCUCCCUCCCGUCCCUCUCUCUCUUUCUCCCUCUCUCGCUCUCUCGCUCUCUCAGUCUGUCGUUUCCCCUCCCGGUGGCUGGGGUUUAGGCCCUCUGCGUGAGGCGAACGGCUGUCUUAUGAGCUCUGUGCCCGAGUACCUUACACACAACCUUUUGAUCCUCGCCGAAGAAGGUGCAUAGCCUCAAGCCCACUUAUGUCUGGAUUGGAUUGGAGCUAUAGGUCUUCCCUUUUUUAGUUUACCAACUGGGUAUUUUUGACUUCUGACAUACCCCUUUUAGAAGUGUUUAAACAUCAACUGGGCUUCAUUAUGGGGUGGACUGAAAAAAAAACAUGGGUUCUGAAACAUACAGUGAAACAUUACAUGUGGUAUGAGCUAGAUGUGACUCUUUGGCGAAACCAGUCAAAUCUGUGAAUGUUUGGAAAUGUAGUUAUCGUAUCUUCAUGAAAGACUAUAACACAAACCUUCAGAUGACACUAUCUGGUGUGACUCUAUCUGGCCCUUUGUUUGGGUGCAGCUGUACCAAGGAUUGUGUGUCAAUGGACUUGCAUUCGCUGUCAGACACUUCAUGUCAUGUCUGUUGCCGUUAUGUGUUCCGACAUAAUUUUUUUAUGUUGCUACCAUGGGCAGUUUUGAUCAGUUGGUCAAGUGUAAAUAAAGUGUUGUUGCGUUUAAGUCUAAUCUAAGUCUGAACUAAUUUGACCUAUUAGCUAGCCUAUAACAUUUGUACUAUAAUUAAACAGGUCCAGCAUGAGUUUAUGACUGAAACAAUAGUGGACUUAGUGGAUAUGGAUAUACUGUAUCUGUAAGUGAACGAUAUCCAAAUAAGAUCAGAGCAUUGUAAUAGAGGAAAUCGAAAGCUACACUGCAGGAAUCCUUAAACAGUCUUACUUGCAUGAAAGUCAGUGAACACCAGAAACCUAGUAAUAGCGUUUAAAAAGCCAAAACCAGAACUGCAAAAUUCAUUCACAUGAUGAAAAUGUACACAUUAUUCUGUGAAACAACAACAUACGAUUUUCGACUGGUUUUCUGUGGAGAGUCACAUGUAGUCAUUGGGGUCUUUCAGAACUAGUAGGUUGUAUGUGUCGCUGUUAGGGUCUAUUAUCACUGGUGCUCUCAAACGGUUGUUGUGGGUACAGAAAAUUGUGAGAGAAAAAAAAGUGAAAAAAAACGGACAAAGCAAAAAUGACUGUCAGUCUUUGACUGUGUCAGGGUCUGAGGCCGAAUAUAUAGUUCAGAUGCAAAGCCUUCUAAAUCCGUCUUCACUCAUUUUCUUUUAAAUUAGCAUUUUUUUUUUAUCAGGCUCCUAUGGGUUUUGCCUACAUAGCGAGAUUUUAAGCUAAAUCAUUUCAAUAACGUAUACUACGUGUGGAGAGCAUUCACUCACCAUAGUUAUCUUAUUUUUGACUGCGGUGGUGUUUAGAGGGUUUUGCAUCUGAACCCUUCAUUUCAUCAUCCAGACACUCCACCAGAUCAGGAUCAGAUCCCAGCAGCUGGCUCAGAAAACAAAACAAUAAAAAGAAGAAAAUGAAAAUGCCAUCUUCCAUGACAUCCUCACCAGUCCGACCUGUCUUCGCUCCAUCUACUGUAUGCUGUGUGUUUGUUUUAACUUAACUAGCUUUGUGUUUUUGUGUAAGGACUGAGGCACAUAAAAAUCAACGCGCCAUUGGCCAAUAAGUAAGGUCAACUGUGUAGCAGAAAGGGAGUUAUUCCCUUAUUGGCGAUGUAUUGAUGCUUUACUCAUUGUAAAUAUUUAAAUCAGUAUAUUAACCAAUCUGGUCAUGGGAGAUUAUAAGAUUUUAAUAGAGGUCUUACAAAGUGAUGUUUUCUUUCUUUCUUUUUUUUAUUAUGUGAGGUGAAGAUAUAUUCUCUUCAAAUGAAUGAGUUCAAGUGAAUGGAAUUUUACCAGACCAGAUUCUAUAAGAUGCCUUUGUAUUGUAUGUACGUUGCAGUAAAAUUAAUAAAAAAAUAUUAUAAUAAAGAAAAAAAUAUCUCAACCCCUUU